AUGUAUUGCUAUGGUAAUGGAUUGUUUCAGGUGGAAGAGGACCCGAUAGAAAAUGAAACCUUUGUUGCAGAAACAGAAUCCGUUCCGAUUGGUGCUAGUCAGUCAGACGAUCAAAGAGAUGUCAUCAUUCUCGAUGGAAUAGGUUCGUUUGGUGCAAUUGAUUUUGAUGCGUUGCGAGCUGAGGAGAUUAUGAUGAUAGAGUUUGUCGAUUUGAAAACUGCUUACGACUUCUAUAACGAGUACGGUCGAAUUAAGGGGUUUUCCAUAUGGCGGUCGAAGGUAGGGCGCUGCAAGAAGGCAGGAUCUGAGGGUGACAUUAUAUGGCAAAUUUUUGUAUGCUCACGACAAGGUGAACGAGAUGCAAAGCAUGUUCACAGAAAUGAUAGGAAGAUGGAUCCUAGACCAGUAACGCGAUGCGGUUGUAAUGCGCGGAUAAAAGUUCAUGUUGACUUGAGAAAUGGGAGAUGGUACGUUGACUUUUUCUCCGAUGAACAUAACCAUGACAUGUUGGAGGCAAGGUUUAGGGGAAUGAUGCGGUCUCACCGGGCAAUAAAAAUGAGGGAUUUACACCAGAUUAAUACUUUGAGAAGCUCUGGCCUUCGAGUUCCGACAAUAUUUCAGGCUUUUGCAAACCAAAGUGGUGGAUUCGAGAUGGUUGGGUUUCAGGUGAAAGACAUCUAUAAUGUAAUUGAGAAGCAAAGAAGAGCUGGAGCAAGCGACACGGAUAAUGCACUCAAGUAUUUACAAAUGUUGAAGAGGCGUGACCCCUGUAUGUUUUGGAAGUAUUCGUUGGAUGAACAACGGAGGCUCCACAAUAUAUUUUGGUGUGAUGGCGCAAGUCAGUAUGAUUUCAAUGUUUUCGGAGAUGUUACGGGGUUUGAUGCAACGUAUGGGAGGAAUAAGUACAAAUGUCCCUUUGUGAUAUUCUCUAGCGUGGAUCACCACAUGCGCAAUGUUGUGUUUGGAUGCGCGGUUCUCUCAAAGGAAGGGGAGGAAAGCUAUGUGUGGUUGCUUCGGGUAUUUCUGGAGGCCAUGAAAGGAAAGGCUCUUAAGUCCGUUAUUAACGACGGUGAUCAAGCCAUGAAAAGUGCAAUCAAAGUUGUAUUUCCAGAAGCACAUCAUAGAUUGUACAGCUGGCACUUGCUACGCAAUGCGACCGCUCGAGUAGGUAUUCCACGGUUUAUGACCAAGUUUCGUCUUUGUUUAAUGGGGGAUUUGGAGGUCGAUGACUUUGAAGAUAUAUGGAAUGAUGCAAUUGAAGAAUUUGGGUUGCAACAAAAUUCAUGGGUCAAGGAUAUGUAUGAAAAGAAACAUAUGUGGUCAAAUUCCCACAUUAGGGGUAAGUUCUUUGCUGGGCUCAAGACAACAUCAAGGUGUGAGGCGCUAAAUAUGCAGAUAGGGAAGUUUAUACACAACGGCUACAACUUGAGGGAAUUUAUUAAGCAUUUCCAACAGUAUUUAGAGUUCAUGCGUAGAAGAGUAGUGGUUGCUGAUUACAAAUCUGCUUAUGGAGAACCGGUUGUGAAAACAAGAUUGGAGGAGUUAGAGCGGUUUGCAGCAGCAGUAUACACACGAGAGGUCUUUGUCUUAUUUCGGGAGGUGUUAUUACUAGCUAGCAAUGUCAGAGUAGUUUCUUCGAAGAAGACAAGCACAUGUACAUUGUUUGAGGUGGCCAUGUAUUGCCAAGAAUUGCUGCUAGAGGACUACAACAACCAAGCAGGUCCUUAUCAAACAGUUGUCCAUGAAUCAAAACCUGGCUUUGUUAACAAUGAAGGCUUCCAAUGUGUUUUUUGA